AAUUCUGCACUGCAGUGGAUUUCCUCAGUGGACGCAAACCUUGGAACCAAAACCGUCAGCGAUCAGGUCUUUUUAGUGGUUUUCUACGGAUCUACUGUGUGCGCUCAAGUCGUCCUCAACACACAACAUCUCAGGUAGCAUCACAAGCUUCAAGGAGGCUCAGGUUUGACCUCAGGGAUCCCUUCCAGGAUUUUUUACUAACUCCAGUCCGUACAUAUCCACAUUUUAUUCAUCGAUAAACCCCCUCUUCCAGAACAAUUGUCAGACCUCUUCGGUGCCCAGAACUGUUCCCCUUCUCCCCAUGCGCCGGGGGGUUCGCCAUGGCGUCUGAGAGCUUCCAGUACCGAGCUCUGUUCGAGUACAAGCGGGAGCGCGGCGACGACAUCGGCCUGCAGCCCGGGGACACGCUGACCGUGGCCAAGGCCUCGCUGCUCCAGGCCCCCGCCCCAGGCCCCGGGCCCCCGGCCUACCAGGACGGGGACGAGAGGAGCCCCCGGGGGUGGCUGCACGGCACCAACGACCGCACCAAGGAGAAGGGUGACUUCCCGGGAACCUUUGUGGAAUACGUGGGCGCGGUGGUGCUGCGGUCCGGCCCGCCCUCCAGGCCCCGGCCCUGGACCCCCGGAGGGCCCCAGACCGCCACGGGGCCCCAGCCGCCCGGCGGGCUCUGCGCCUCAGGAGCUGAAGGGGAAGUGUGUGCUCUGUCUGAGCGGGCGGCGCUGGUGGUCCAGAAACUCAUAGAGGCCAUCGAGAGACAUGGUGUCGACAAGGAGCCCCUUUACGGACCCCAGCACGUCUCCAGUGGACUGCUUGACCCCAGACAGGCUGUUGACAAAGAGUCAGGAGAACUGGACCAGUACGACACCGGGACCCUCAUAGAGGCUCUGAGGGGCUUCUUGAUGGACCUGCCAGCCCCCGUCAUCCCCGCCACCAUCUACAGCGAGCUGCUGUACGCCGCACAAGACAGCCAGAGUAUGGAGGAGUGUGGCGAGAGAACAAAGAGGAUCCUGGACUCUCCCAGUGUUCCACGGGCCAACCACCAGCUUCUGGCCCAAGUCACCAGGCACCUGGCCAGGGUCGCUCUCGCCCAGACUGGGCAACACAGCCAAGCGAGCCCCAGGCUGCUGGGACAGGCCUUCUCAGGAUUACUCUUCAAGCCUACUCUCUUCAGCGCCGACAUGAAUCCUGAACACCAGGUCAGGAUUCUGGAGUCUCUGAUCACAGCUGGAGGUCUCAUGAAGACGCUGUCUGCCCCAGCUCUACCCCCGAAGCCGGCCAAGCCCCAGCAGACCCCCACGGUGGGGGGGGCGGACCCCAAGGAGGGGGUGGUGGUGGGGGGCUGCCUGCAGGAGGCUGAGUGGUACUGGGGAGACAUCUCAAGGGAGGAGGUGAACGACAAGCUCCGAGACAUGCCUGAUGGGACGUUCCUGGUCCGGGACGCGUCCACCAAGAUGCAGGGCGACUACACCCUCACCCUGAGGAAAGGGGGAAACAACAAGCUGAUCAAGAUCUACCACCGCGACGGGAAGUACGGCUUCUCGGACCCGCUGACCUUCUGCUCGGUGGUGGAGCUCAUCAGCCACUACCGGCACGAGUCUCUGGCCCAGUACAACACCAAGCUGGACGUCAAGCUCAUGUACCCCAUCUCCCGCUACCAGCAGGACCAGUUGGUUAAGGAGGACAACAUCGACGCCGUGGGAAAGAAGCUGCAGGAAUACCACAAUCAGUACCAAGAGAAGAGCAAAGAGUACGACCGACUCUAUGAAGAAUACACCAAGACAUCACAGGAGAUCCAGAUGAAGCGCACCGCCAUCGAGGCCUUCAACGAGACCAUCAAGAUCUUCGAGGAGCAGUGUCACACGCAGGAGCGCUACAGCAAGGAGUACAUCGAGCGCUUCCGCCGCGAGGGAAACGACAAGGAGAUCGAGAGGAUCAUGAUGAACUACGAGAAGCUCAAGUCGCGGCUGGGCGAGAUCCACGACAGCAAGGUCCGCCUGGAGCAGGACCUGAAGACCCAGGCCAUGGAGAACCGCGAGACGGACAAGAAGAUGAACAGCCUGAAGCCUGACCUCAUCCAGCUCCGCAAGAUCCGGGACCAGUACCUAGUCUGGCUCAAUCAUAAAGGAGUGCGUCAGAAACGAAUCAACGACUGGCUGGGGAUCAAGAACGAGAACACAGAUGAGGCCUACUUUGUGAGCGAGGAGGAUGAGAACCUGCCCCACUACGAUGAGAAGAGCUGGUUCGUGGGGGACCUGAACAGAACGCAGUCCGAGGACCUUCUCUUGGGGAAGCCAGACGGGGCCUUCCUGAUCCGCGAGAGCAGCAAGAAAGGCUGCUACGCCUGCUCCGUCGUCGUGGAGGGGGAGGUGAAGCACUGUGUGAUCUACAGCACGGCGCGCGGCUACGGCUUCGCCGAGCCCUACAACCUGUACGGCAGUCUGAAGGAGCUGGUGCUGCACUACCAGCACACGUCGCUGGUGCAGCACAACGACGCGCUCAACGUGCGCCUGGCCCUCCCCGUGUACGCACAAACGCAGAUACAGCCCUCCUCCGGACGCAGAUGAGCCCCCCGCAGCCCUCUGUAGCCCCCCAGCCACGAGGUCACCGCCCCACCUCCCCACACCAACGACCAAUGAAGACCCUUGUUGCCCCCCCCCCACCGGGAGGGGCGCGGUGUGAGGUGAGGGUAGGUGUCUGGGGCGGUGGUUUGAGUUGAUACGGAAUCAACCCCACGGCCCCGACACCGGACACCGAGAAGAAGCUAGAUAGCUAGGUUAACGAAGUGAAAGACUUGCUGCGUCACACACACACACACACACACACACACACACACACACACACACACACACACACACACACACACACACACACACACACACACACACACACACACACACACACACACACACACACACACACACGUAAGCCACCUUGGAGUUAUACAUAUAUAUUUUUACAAGAACUAUUUCGGAGGGCAUUCUUUCCUAAAGACUGCUUGAUUUGCACAAGGAAGAUUUAAUGUUUGUGAAUGUGAAGAGGCGACCGACAGAAGGAACAGGAGUGGGAGACGUCAGUGCAGAGACUCCAGAGUUUCAG